UCGUGAUCCUGCGCGCAUUUGUUGAGAUUAUUUUUUUAAAUAGUUUCAUUUGUAACACAUGUGGUAGUGCGCGUGUUUUACUUGCGUAUUCACGAAUCGUGCAUGCUUACGGAUUACCAGUGUACUUAAAUAAAUUAAAAAGUGAAUGAAGAACCAGCGUCGAGCGCUGAUGUUGGUGGCGACGUUAUGGACCUUCUUCACAGUUUUUAUUCCAAUUCACACGCAGUUUGUCAAUCCUAUUUCGUCCUUUAUGAAAUUUCUUCAAGAAGGCACACAUCAACAGGAUAACGAACCACCAGACCAAACAAAUUUUCUUUCGGAAUAUGACUUCAUCGUUGUCGGUGCUGGCACAGCUGGAUGCGUGAUAGCUAACCGUUUAACAGAAAUACCCGAUUGGAAAGUGUUACUUGUGGAAGCUGGUGUGAAUGAAAAUUAUGUUAUGGAUAUUCCCAUUCUAGCAAAUUAUCUUCAAUUUACUGACGCCAAUUGGAAAUAUAAAACCAAGCCUUCUGACAGAUAUUGUGCUGGCUUUGAGAACAAGCAAUGUAACUGGCCACGUGGUAAAGUUGUCGGAGGUUCCAGCGUGCUGAACUAUAUGAUUUAUACUAGAGGUUCAGCACUCGACUAUAAUAAUUGGGAAGCGAUGGGCAAUGAAGGAUGGGGGUGGAAUGACGUCCUUCCUUAUUUCAAAAAAAUCGAAAAAUUCAAUAUUCCUGCACACGACAAUCGCGAAUAUCAUGGACAAGAUGGUUUCUUAAAUAUCGAACAUGCCCCUUUUCGUACGAGUAAAGGCAAAGCAUGGGUAAAGGGAGCGCAGGAGUUAGGUUUUAAAUAUAAUGAUCACAAUGGGGCAAUGCCCGCUGGUGUAUCUUUUUUACAACUCUCCAUGAAGAAUGGAACCCGACAUAGCUCGAGUAGAGCAUAUCUUCAUCCAAUUAAUAAAAGAAAAAACCUCCAUUUAACUAAAGUCAGCAUGGUUACAAAACUUAUUUUUGAUAAUACGAAAACCAAAGUAAUAGGCGUUGAAUUAGAAAAACGCGGCAAGCGAUAUAAAAUAUUAGCCAAAAAGGAAGUUAUAUUAUCAGCUGGAGCUAUUAACUCUCCUCAAUUACUGAUGCUUUCUGGAAUAGGACCCAGAAAUGAUUUAGAGUCUCUAAAUAUACCGGUAAUAAAGGAUUUACCUGUAGGAUAUAACCUUAUGGAUCAUAUUGCAGCCGGUGGAGUUCAAUUUAUGGUGCAACAGCAAAAUGUAAGCCUUUCUACAGGCUAUAUAUUCAACCACUUGGAAUUGGUAUUCAAAUGGAUGAGAAAUCACAAGGGUCCUUUGUCAGUACCUGGUGGAUGCGAGGCGCUUGUAUUUAUGGAUUUGAAAGACAAAUUCAACGCAACAGGUUGGCCUGACAUAGAGUUGCUUUUUAUAAGUGGAGGCCUUAAUUCUGACCCCCUACUGCCAAGGAACUUUGGCUUUGAUGAACGAAUUUACGCUAAUACAUACUCUUCAUUAGGUAACAAAGACGUUUUCAUGGUAUUCCCUAUGCUCAUGCGACCUAAAUCCAGAGGUAGAGUAGUGCUGCGGAGCAGAAAUCCGAAGGUACACCCAACUUUGGUUCCAAACUACUUUGAAUAUUCAGAGGACUUGCAGAAAAUCGUCGAAGGUAUCAAAGUUUCUAUUGAAAUUUCAAGGCAACCAUCCAUGAAAAAGAUAGGAACAAAGUUGUACGAUGUGCCUAUUGCAGAUUGUUUAAAAUAUGGCCCAUUUGGCAGCGAUGCAUACUUUGCUUGUCAAGCUCAAAUGUUCACUUUUACAAUUUACCACCAAGCCGGAACUUGUAAAAUGGGAUUAGAGAGUGACCCGUCAUCAGUUGUAGAUCCUAGAUUGAGAGUACAUGGAAUUGCUAAAUUAAGAGUAAUCGACGCUAGUGUAAUGCCUGUUAUAACAUCAAGUCACACAAAUGCUCCAACGUACAUGAUAGCAGAAAAAGGCGCAGAUAUGAUAAAAGAAGACUGGGGGCAAAGAUGAUAAAUAUUAAUAAUAGUUCAAUUAAUUAAUUAAUAAGCUCGACUGUGAUGUAAUUAUAUUUAAUAUUAGAAUAUUAUUAAAUUACAUAGUUCUUACCUGUUUGCAAGUUUGGUAUUUCAAAUUUUCCUAAUAAAACCCAUUAGUUAAUAUGCUAUUUAUCAGGGCAAUGUAAUUUUAAUUGAGUAAUCUCAAUUUAGAAAUAAGAGUCACCGAUGUUGUGCAAUGUUGUAAAAUAUAACAUUUUUAGAUUGAAAUGAA